CAAUUUCACAGAGAUGACUUGACCUAAACUCCGAUAGCUUCACUCCGAGACAAAACGCCUGCCACACCCGCCGAGAAAUUUCUUCUUCUUCGUCGCCGCCGCCGCCGUCGCCGCCGCCGCCGCCGAAUCAGGGACUCCGUUUGAGCUGUCGAGGGCCCUAGGGAACCUCGUCGAGGACCGGAAUCGCCGAGGAGGGGUUUCUCGAUUGUGACUUCCGUGCUGUUUUGUUGGGAUUUUCUGGUUUCUGUGGAAGGGGGGAGCGGGGGAAUGGCGGAGAAGCAGGAGCGGCGGCGGCAGCAGCAUCAGGAUGAGGAGGAGGAGGAGGAGGAGGUGGAGGACCGGAGCUGCGAGAGCAGCGACGACUGCUAUACCUCGGAGGACGAAGGGACGGAGGACUACAGGCGUGGGGGUUACCACGCGGUCCGGAUCGGGGACGCCUUCAAGGGCGGCCGUUACGUCGUCCAGGGAAAGCUCGGCUGGGGCCAUUUCUCCACCGUCUGGCUCGCUUGGGACACGCAGAGUUCCCGGUAUGUCGCUCUGAAAGUGCAAAAGAGCGCUCAGCACUACACUGAGGCUGCCAUGGAUGAGAUAACCAUCUUGCAACAGAUCGCGGAAGGAGACCCGGAUGAUAACAAAUGCGUGGUGAAACUGUUGGACCACUUUAAGCAUUCAGGUCCAAAUGGACAGCAUGUCUGUAUGGUUUUUGAGUACUUGGGGGACAAUCUUUUGACUCUCAUUAAGUACACUGAUUACCGUGGACUUCCUCUUCAUAUGGUAAAGGAAAUUUGUUUUCAUGUCUUGGUGGGUUUGGAUUACUUGCAUAGGCAGCUAUCCAUCAUACACACUGAUCUGAAGCCGGAGAACAUUUUGUUGCUGGCGAUGAUUGACCCGUUGAAGGAUCCCAGAAAGUCGGGUGCUCCUCUUAUCCUUCCUAACAGUAAGGAAAAUAAUGUUUCCAUCGCUGGGGUUGGUAAAGAUGUUAGAGCUUUGAAUGGGAGUCUGACUAAAAAUCAGAAGAAAAAGAUCAGACAAAAGGCAAAGAGAGCUGCUCAGGUCUGUGUUGAGAAAAAAGUUUCUGUGGAAGCCGAGUUGACUGCUGAAACGUCUGCUGCAAACGAUACUUGUCAGAACACAAAAUCUGACUUGGGGGCUAAUGAUGAUCAACCCACUAGUCCUUCAAAAUUGACAGAGGCUGGUGGAAUAAAGGAUUCUGGCAUGCGAGGUAAUAAGAGGGGUAAUCGCUCCGUGAGGCAGAAGCUGCUUGCAUCUGUAGACCUGAAAUGCAAGUUGGUCGACUUUGGCAAUGCAUGUUGGACUUACAAACAGUUUACAAAUGACAUCCAAACAAGACAGUACAGGUGUCCGGAGGUUAUACUUGGAUCUAAGUAUUCUACUUCAGCUGAUCUUUGGUCUUUUGCUUGUAUUUGCUUCGAGCUUGCCACUGGUGAUGUACUAUUUGAUCCUCACAGCGGUGACAACUUCGAUAGGGAUGAGGAUCACUUGGCAUUGAUGAUGGAGCUCCUAGGAAUGAUGCCUCGCAAGAUUGCUCUUGGUGGUCGGUACUCUAGAGACUUCUUUAAUAGAUAUGGUGACUUGAGACAUAUCCGGAGGUUACGGUUCUGGCCAUUGAACAAGGUUCUUCUUGAGAAAUAUGAAUUUAAUCAGCAAGAUGCUGAUGAAAUGACCGACUUCCUAAUUCCCAUCCUGGACUUUGUUCCUGAGAAUCGACCAACUGCUGCGCAAUGCCUUCUACAUCCGUGGAUUAAUGCAGGCCCUCGUUUGCUGGAGCCUUCUGUUCCUUCUAAUCAAAAUCAGGUGACUGAAGUUGUCAAUUCAGAGAAAUUUACCAAGGAGAAGGAUGAUAGGGAGGCGGUGGAAGUUGGUGUAGGAAAUAUUGCCAUCAAUUCUGAUUCUCAAUCCAUCAAAGAUUCCCCAUCUGGAGGUAAAGCCCCAAAGGCAGCCACAGUUAGUUCAUCUAGGUGAAUUUCAAGCUUAUUGACUGCAAAAGAUGAGACUUGAAUUUUCCAAGCAUCACUUUCUCAGGCAAAAUUAUGUGGCAUCAUGUACCAUUCUUUCAUGUGUAACAGGUCAGUGUAGCCUUUGCUAUCCGCUGACUUGCCCGAUGUAAUGAAAAGUUAAUGCAAUUUUUGUACCUCACACCGUUGUUGAAAUUGGACUGAUUGGUAAUUUAAAAAAUUUUGAGUUCUAA